UUCGUUUUGAUUUCGUUAUCUGUUCACAUUCACUCCGAUAAGCUUGAUUCAUUAUAGUACAUAAUCUAAGUAUUCGUGAUUUGGAAUAUAAUUUGGUUUUAAAGAAACUACAAGGGCUCCGUUCGUUACAUUUCAUUAACUGGUGAGGUAGCUCAUGUACGUACCUCCUAACUUUCAUUAGUGGUCAAGCGGAACAGGUACUUAUGUCUCUUCUUUUGCUCGGCUCCAGCAAUGAUUCCACAGGCAAAUGCAAAGUCGAUUGCCAGCAUCCACAGAAAUCUUGGGCUCUCAAUGUUUGAAGAGGGGCAGUAUGGUAGAGCAUUUGCACAUUUUUCCCUAGCUCUGACUCUAGAACCAGCACUGAAAGCUGACCUGCGAGACGUCUAUUUAGCCUGCCUAUAUACUUGGUGUGAUAAGCUAGAGUCUGAGGAGAAACUCAGUGAACUUUUUGUGUGUUAUGAGCAAGCAAUUUCUUCAUAUGGAGACAGCGUUGACGUACAUUUUAGUCUUGCCAACCAACUGAACAGGCUGGGACACAUCAAAGAGGCUGCUAAGUUUUACAAAAAAUGCUUGGUGUUAGAUUCAAAUCAUAUACCAAGUUUUCAUAAUUUGGCUGGGGUGUACAACAAACUGGUGGAGCGAUGGCACUUCCGAAUGCUCAACGAUAAAGUCCGAAAUUGUGCAUACAAACAGGCUAUCGCAAGAAAAAUUGCAGAAGGUCAUCUUGAAAUUCUGGACAUCGGUACAGGAACAGGACUAUUGAGUAUUUUUGCUGUUGAAAAUGGCGCCAAACAAGUAUAUGCAUGUGAUCACUCACCUGUAAUGGUUGAAAUAGCCUCUGAAAUCUUCCAAAAAAUGGGGUAUUUGAACAAAGUCAAGUUGAUAGAGAAAACAUCCACAGAGCUGUCUAUACCGAAUGAUGUGCCCAAUAGAGUCUCAUUGAUAGUGACUGAAACCAUGGAUGCAGGAGUUUUUGGAGAAAACCUGCUGGAGACGGUAAUUCAUGCUUGGAAGGAGCUUCUAGUUUUGAACCCCAAAGGCAUUGAAGUCAGUUCCCUGCCUCCAAGUUGCUGCAUACCACAAGCAGUCACCAUCUAUGCUGUGCCUAUUCAAAGUGCCUACCUUGCCAAAAAAUAUAGAUACUGUAAAAACCAACCAGAGCUAUCUUCAGUCAACUUAAGGAACUUUGUUGCAAUCCUAGAUGAACCUUAUGACUCAGAAGACCUUCGUAGGCUGUCUAAUAAUGUUUGCUAUUUAUCAAAACCCGUGCAAAUCAUUACUGCCAAUUUAAAUAAUCCUGAGGGAUUAUCACAGCUAUAUGGCACGAGAGAAAUGAAUUCUCAAGUAUUAAAAGUUACAUGUUGCGGUAGAGUUGAUGCUAUUGCAUGUUUCUUCAAAGUAAACCUUGACGAGAACAUUGUCCUGUCUACAUCUCCUUUGGACACUGAGAAUGUUGCAAGCUGCUGGGAGCAAGCCAUUUUUCCAUGUGUGAAGCCUGUUUACGUCACUUCUGGCGAAGAGCUUUCUCUGAACGUUAAUUGUUUUAAAGGCAAAGUUAGUGUUCAUUUGCCAGACGAAAAAAUUACGGAGGCAAAUAAAUCUUUACAGUUUAGUAAACUCUCGCAAGAUAAUAUCCGUUUACUGAAUGAUGUCGAGUUAAUGAACACCUUGAAAACGGCAGCAGCAGAAUUGAGCCUUUCACAUAGCCCAUCAGACACUCCAUGCUCUAUUCUCGAUUUAUCUUCUGUGCCCAUUCUCAGCCUGCUCUUCAUGCAUGACAUACAGAAGUCCAGAGGCAUCAGAUGUGAUCUCCGAUACUUCACGGGAGAUGAUACUGUUCAGAAUUUUGUGAAAUUAUACCUUGAAGAUAACAAAGUAUUGCCUCUCGAUCUGAAGCCUUUUUUUGCAGAGGACCUAUUCUCGUUUUUUCUGCAGCAUGAAGAAAUGUAUGAUAUCAUAAUAGUAAAUAACCUUGUCUUGCCAGAUGGGACGUUGAAUGAUAGGAUGUUCCUCGCAUUACCUGUACUCAGGAAACGUCUAAAAACCAAUGGUAUCAUCAUUCCGGAAAAACUAACCUGCAUGGGUCAGUUUAUCAACUGUGAUUGGCUCUCAAAAGUGUCCUCCGUAGUACCAGACUCUGAGAAUGAAAUAUCUGAAAUAGCAACUGUUUUGAAUCAGUAUCAGGUUCCUAUUCAUUGUAAUCUCAACUUAGACAGUAUUGAAUAUGAUGAGCUGUCAUUCGAAUUCGAGCUCUUCUCCAUAACCACAAUUGAAGCCUCCGAAGAAAAACUACACAGUGACAUCAGUGUAAGCAUCACAAGGACUGGAAUCUUGAGUGCGACAGCUAUGUGGUUUGUAGUGAAUCUUCUGCCCAAGAUGUCUCUCAUUGUUUCAUUUAAGUCCUCAGAAUCAAGCGUGGACCAGUCUGCAUGUUUGAUGAUGCCACCUAGUCGAGUUUCUGUUGAUUCAAUGGUCAUUUUGAAUGUGGGCCUAGAAAAAGGGCUUCUGAAAUUAACCAUGAAUCCAGGAGCAUUACUUUGAAUAUCACUUACUGAGGUUAUUCACUGGUCCUUAAAUUUUAGAAAAAGUGUGAAAAUUUCAUAGGAGGUUCGGAGUUACUGAAAGCAUGGUAAACGUGUAAUUACUCCAGGGGGAGCUAAGUUGAUAGGAUAGCUAUUUGGUUAGUGACUCAAGAAGGAGAUCAGAUAAAAGUUGGUGAGAAGUGUUUAAAAAAUUAAAAUGCACUUUAUUUUUACAAAAAAAAAAGGGUUUCAUAAUUUUCUCUCAACACUCAAAAAAAGUUACCUAAAAAAUGCGUGUGUUCUCUAAAUAAUCAUAGCAGACACAAUUAAUCUGUCGACAUGAAUGAUCUCCCGGUGUGACAAUAAAGGAUGCAUUUCAGAAAUACUUCCAUUCCAUCUUCAGGAUGUACUGUUGUAACAUUGGUGGCAUCCCACAAUAAAAAAGUAGGCAUCAUUAGGAGAACUAAACUGAUAGGUACCUAAAAAUCAGAUUAAAAUCGUCAGUUGCAGCAAAUCAGUCCUGGCUGUGAUGGCCUGGUUCCUCACUUGAUAUCGUGUACUAUGCAGUAAAUAAGGACCCAUGAUUCAUAAAUUCUAAGAAAAGAGCUGUGGUUAAGCUUCAUCGCUGUCUUUAAAACAUAGAGUCACCAGACUUAAUUUUUGUUCCUGUGAGGAAAAUCACUGUCUUGGCAUAAAAAUUUGCCUCAGAGCUGUAUUCUGAUGAGAAAAAGCUAAAAUCUCAUGCUGAUACAAUGUAAAGUUGUUGUCCUAAUGUAUGAACAUGAUUGGGCUUUUAAUCAGAGGAAGACCAUUUUUUAAAGAAAGGUACCUAGCAUAUUUAAUGACAUACAAGGAACCUCUCUCUCCAUAAGCGGACACAGGGAGAAUGGUAAUGCUCUAGGUUCAUCACAUUUAUGCUAGGGUAACCACGCAGCAAUGCUCACGAUACGUUAAGGCUAAACAUGGCUGUAUACAAAAGGAGGAAACAUGGCGACACUCAUUAGUUCUGACUAGAUUUUAAGCACUAAACGACCUAUGAACCUAGAACUUACAUGAUAGGUGAAGGUGAAAGAAUGAUGAAGAGACGGCGAGCUGGGCCAUGCAGCGGGUUUUAUAUCCGCGGGUGUCGCAGUUUGCCGCGACUCGGCAAGCUCCAGUAACUUUCGGGCGUCUCCCCGUUUUGGUCGUGGCAACUGACCGAAGUGGGGGAACAGCUAUGUGGGUCUUGCCGCGAAACUCUGACUGACGUCACUGAUUUUACGAGAGGCGUGGCGAACGUACCCUACGUUUGUGGUUCUAAACACAGAGUAUACACGCUAAACAAUAGUGUCAAGCGUGGAUACUACACCUCCGGGGCUCAAAAAAUAUGUACGAAACAAAUUGUGCAACUAGAGAAUAAUGACCGAAAAAAAGAUGACGGAAAACAUUGAUGUAGAGGGGUGACGCCAGGCAUGGUGGUCAAGUUAUAGAAAAGGGCGUUAAGCGUUUCAACUUUUCCAGGUUUUGGAUCACAGCCAUUAAAGUUAGUGAGAGCCUGAGAGCAACUUAGUGGAUUUGAACAUGGGAAACAAGGCAAAAACAAGUAGAAAGGCACACAAGAAAAGAGAACUGUGUAAUGUAUGCAAAGUAGCGAAAUUUAAAAGGUAGGAAAGGGUGAGAGCUCACAUCGGAAGCCAGAUGAAUGAAGACUAUGGUGAUGCUGGCAAGGUAACAAGGUAACAGGUUGACAAGGUAAAACAAUGCACUGACAGAGUGUACAUGGAACAAAAGUUUGGCAGGUUAUUUCGCCUUCUUUGCACUGCAGGUCCCGUGCGGGUGGAGGUAUUUUCGCUUCCUCCGCGGCACUGGUAGCUUCGCCGAGUCACCGAGGCGGACUUAUUCCUGGGUUUGAUGGAGAAUAAGCUUCGACUGCCGGUGAUUCGGGGUCAUAUUUCUCUUCGGUUAACAGCAAAGUCAAGGGAAGGUCCAGUUUCAGGAGGAGUUCCAUGACUUGUUGUUAGGGCUCUGCAAGGGCGGUGUCAGCAGGUGAGGCAGCUGCAGGAUUGGAGUCAGCCGGUGCGACAGCAGCAGGGUUGGUGUCGGCGGGUGUGGCCUCCGACAGUGCGUGAGGAGGAGAUGGUGGGAGGGAGAUUGCAGCGAUCGAGGCUGGUGACAAUGGAAAAACAUAGGAUACUAUCAGGGCGAUAUGAGGUAUCUGAGAUGGCGGUGCAGAAGGAGGUGGGAGUUCAGUUAUUUGUGUCAUGAAUAUGGACAGCGGUGGAAUGAAAGAGGGUUUAAAAUUUGGAUCAGGAACAACAGAGCAAAUUGGAAUAGGUUUGAAGGGCUUAUUGCGGUCUUCGGGUUGGCAGCAUAUUGGGCAGUAAGUCAUGGACCAGCGCUUCAUGACUGGUAAGCAUAGCUUGCAAUAUUGGACUUUUGCUGGAGCAAGUGGUCGGGUACAGCGUGGUUUGAGGUAUGGCCGUUUGAAUACAGGCGGAGCUGCUUGGGUGACAGUAGGCGGCUUGGCUAAGGUGUGGGGCAAGGUUGUUCCAGUCCUUAUUGAAGGACGUUGAGAUAAUCGUCAAAAAUCCCUCGUCUGAAUCAUAGGCAGUAGGCUGGAGGAUGAUACGAGAAAGUCCAUGGCUGGAUGACAUGAAAGCUACUCCAAAUGUGCUGACCGGACAAGGUGUGAUUAGGAACUGGUUUGAGUACAAAGAAAUUAAGAACGUCCCAGAAGCUUCAUGUCGCAAUCUAUUGAAAAUCUUUUUGCUACUGACAAAAUAUAGUUUUCCUGACUCAUUUUGAGGAUUUAUUCGACAUAUCGUACUCAAUAUCUAUACCUAAAUAUCUAGAAAUUUUACCUAAAUCGGUCAUUUUAAAUUUGGUUGAAUAAACUUUCUUUUCUCUGGUCCAUGAGCGAAUAGUAUGUUGCCAUGCUGGUAAAAAAACGAUAGUUAAAUGAAAAUUUGGAGUAAAAAGGGGGGUUGCUUUGCAGGCUUUUUAUUUUAUCGAUUAAAAGUUAACAUAAAUUCUAUUCUAAUCUAAAGCAUCAGAGAUGCUUGCAAAGAUGCUGACUGCUCCGAUGAGGCCAGAAAGUAUGCCCCAAACGUUUAGAAAAUUCAUUCAAGCAUAUUUUUCUAAGAGCUAAAAAAAUGUUCUGUUUCUCUAAGCCCACUGGCUGCGCUUCUGUAACAAUGAAACAAGGCACAUGGUUUCCUUGUCAAGUCCCAGAUAAACUCUAGGAAAUUUUUCCAUCAUUUGCAUGUUACAAGUUGCAACUGUAACGCCUAGGUGAAGAUCUUUUACUUCAUCUGGUAAGUGGUAAAGUGUCGAUGGAAGUAUUAGUUACUCUUGAUGGUACAUACUCAGAUGCUGAAGCAUUAUCUGUAGAGACGCUAAUAUGUGUUUCAUUUAAGGACUUUGCAAGUUCCUCCAUUGAGUAUACGUCAUGCCAGAAAACCCUGCCUUGCCAGAUAAGAUAUACUGCGCUGAUAAGCGGUGAGGUCUUCCUCACUAUAAAUGUCAGCUUUUAAAAGAUUGCAGGGGCUUUUGUAGUGCCAAGACGAAAAGGAUUUUGCCUCCAAUUUUGGAGGUGCUUCUACAGUCUUGACUCAGGAUGUGAAAGCAUAGGUACCUGUGAUUAUCUAUUUGGAAUUUAACAGGUAACUGGUUGGUGCAGUCUAAUUCAGUGCCUCUAUGGGUUAAUACACGGGUUCUGGGACUUAAAAACAUGCUGUUAUUGUUGUAUGAGAUAGGAAUUUCAUUAUAACAUGUGGUUGUCAAAUUUUUCCGUAUAGCCAUUUUUAGAGAUGUUCCUCAAAAUCAGGACUUUUUGUUUUAUUUAAAAAAUAUCAGGAGUCGCAUCAGCAAUAAUACCAUAGUAAAUCGGGUUCUCCUUUUUAUCCAGAAUGGCUUUCAGAACUUUAUCCCCACUAAAGAGAAAUAAACUCAUUUUGGGUUUUCCAUGACAGGAAAUGUGCUUGGCCUCGCAUGUCGCCACAAUCCAGUUGUUUGGCUUUACUUUUGGCCGGAUGCUCACGAGUGACUUUAUCGUAUUUCCCUAUCAGCUCCAAAGUGCGAAGAAAAUUACCAUUGUGCACAUUCCCGAUUAAUGCACUAUCGCCUUUAAACGGCAAUCUUUUGGAGGCCAAAAACAGUACCAAAGUACCAAGCUUCUUCUUAGAAAGAUCUGAAUUAACUAUAUCAAAUGUUUUACAUGUAUGCAUGUAUACGUGUUAUUAAAUUUCAAUAGUUUUCAAAUUUCAACGAAUUAAAUUCUUGAAAAUUAUUAAAUUGUCACCAAUGCAGGGAAAUGACAGGUUGAAAAUGGAGUGGAAAUAAUUUUAAAAAUGCAAAUUCAUCAAAAUUUGUUCAAGAAGGACCUCUGAUAGGACAAAUAAGUAAGAUUUACGGAAGAUUAAUUGCAAUAAAAACAAUCUCCAACCCUGACAACGUUUAAUGUGAUUACAAAAUUAGUUUUAAGCAAAAUUAGUACAAACAAAAUGCGGAUCGAUGCAUAAGUCACUUUUAGACAGAGUGGUGGUGAUUUCGCCAACAUGCAUCAAACUUAGUAUACAACUGAAAUUCAUAUUCCAGAGGGAAAAGCCCAUAUUCAAGCAUGAUAUUCCCUCAUAGAGUAAAAUGCCUGACUGCAUGCCCAAAUCUCGAUCUGGUUCUCUCGACCUCUCCAAGCUUUGAAGCAGAAAAGUCAGGAGGCUGCGCAGCAGUGAUGAUGGGUCGAAUGAGACUGGAAACCCGUUUACAGUGGCCUUCCUGACCGUUUGUAGCUGGUGUUGCACCAAAUAGAAUUUUUUCUGUGAGGGAAUAUCACGCUCAAAUGAGUUUCUCCCACCCGCAAUGAGUAUUUCAAUCGUACACUGAGAUUAACGCAUGUUGUCAAAAUCACCAACUUUCUGUCUUAAGGCAAAAUUACAAAACUCCCAGAAAGCUAUUCCAUUGAGUAAUUUUUGGUCUGAAUUGAGUAAUCAUAGCAACAGCAAGAAACAUUGCAUUGAUUUCUACUCUAUUCAAGCAACUGCUAAAAGUGAGAUGGAAUGGAGGAGUGAUUAUCCCAAGUCUCUUUUUUCUUUUCAAAUAUAAAAGUUUUUUCUGUUAGUCUGUAAAAUAAAAAAAAGAAGAAACUUGCUCUUAACUCUAUCAAAUCCGUAUCUACUUCGUCCCAUUUUAUGUGUAUUCAAAAUUUUCCAAAUGACUGACAUUUAUUCAGAAUAAAUUAUUUCUCCUCAAAGAUGUACCGUUUGCAAGGAAUGAUUUCUCACUUGAAUAAAAAACUCAGGAUUUACCACUGUGUUAUAGUUCCUUUCAGUAUUUUAUUCAGACAGGUCAGUGACAGUACUCUUCGAAGAAAUAGAAUCCUGAAAGUUUUUUCUCCACUAAUUACGAGAGUACUGAGGAUCCUUUAAUCAUUUUUUUGAAGGUUAUGCGUACCUACUGUGAGAGGCAUUAUAAUGCUCAGGUGUGCGUUGCUUAGUUGUUAGGUGAAGUAUGAAUGUAAAUACCUUAAGACAUCCACUUUUCAAUUUCUUUAUUCAAGUUUUACCAUUUUAAUUUUGUGUAGAAUUUUGUUUUAUUUUAUGUUAUUGUUCUCACUUUUGGUUUAUUAAAUUUAAAUUAAUUUUUCAUAUA